AUGGCUACAACCUGCGUUCCCGCUGAUCACUGCGGUACGCUCGUUCCUGGAUGGCUGGCGGGUAACCAUCCAAGUGUAGACGAAGGUUUAGUAGUACGAUCAGUAUGUCUCUCCAAGUCGCAAGUUUGUUGCAUGACGUCUGUGAGUGUACUUGUGAGGAACUGCAGCGGCUUCUUUGUUUACAAACUGGACGUGAAUGCAAGUUUAAGCUUUACUUUUCGAGUGUGUGGAGCUGGUAUUGAAGGUAGUGUAAUAUUCUCUGAACUCCUUUCAUCGAUCGCAUUUGUAGACGAAAACCCUCAGAGAUCACAAUGUAAAUGCCUCCUCCAUCGUCUGCCAUCCACUUUCAAAACAUAACCACGAUAUUAAAGACACUUUGUUUUUGCCUUUUUAUUCAAAUAAAAGUUAUUGGCAGUUGUUUGAGAUGUAAAAUGAAUGCUUUAUCGAGAGGAGGAGGUUUCAUCCAUUUUGCGUCCCUCAGGGGAGGCAUGGGUGUUAGUUAACUUGAUAUCCCACCUUUUAACCUAAAGGUUUGCUGAUACUGACUUCAAUUCAUAAAAUCUGGACAAAUUUUCUCAGAGAGCCUUUUUUUUAUUUCAGGAUCAUUGCCGCCUAAGCAAGUAGCAAUCAAGAAUAAGUUAGGUAAUAUAAGAAAGGCAGUUUAAAGUCUUUAAAAAUGAUAAUGAAUUGAUUGAUUGUUUAACUCUGAGUGAAAGUUCAACUUGAACACAGACACUAGUAUUCUAUUUGAUAACUGCAGCUUUUUCCACGCCUCCUCUUCAACAAAAUUUUGUAAGACAGAUUAGAAGCGUUCCCAAAUUCUACGCCAUCGUUACAAACUUUAAUGCUUUCAUGGAUGUCAAGAUGAACAUGCGAUAUGAAAAAGAGUUACCCUUUUAAAGAGUUAUCCGCCUUACCUUUAUAAAGUUAUUUCAGAUUUAAUCUCAUUUACGAUGAUUGUUUACUUCGUUAAACCAAGCAACACGAGGUUCAGUCUUUAAACAGAAACGUGUUAGCAAAAAUUGUGCCGAAACUUUUGAAGCUUGGUCAUUGUAAUUAAAAGAAUGAUCGACUCUACGUUUCAAAUGAACAAAAGAAUUUCAUAUCGUCCAUUGUUAUUGUUUGUUUUGAUAACUGUUUGUUUGUUUGUUUGUUUGUUUCAUUGUUAUUAGGCGAUGAAUGCACCGACUACAACACACUCAGCGCACGUGAUAGAGCCGCGGACUAUUUCAGUUACAACACUUUGAAGUGUGACGCCUACCUACCUAGUGGCUGGUACAGGCUGACUGGCCGCGCAGGGACUGUUAUGCCGACACAUUGCGUGCCCAGAAUGCAUUGUGGUACUCUGUCACCUGGUUGGUUGAAUGGCAAACAUCCAACUGUGGAGGAGGGUGUGGUGCAGCGUAUGGUUUGUUUUACAAAGGAUACCAAUUGUUGUCACUGGUAUAGUUUGGUGUUAGUGAAAAACUGCAGUGGUUUUAUGGUGUACAAAUUUGGACCCUUUCCUACAAGUGUAGACUCCUGCAGCUUGCGAUACUGUGGAGGUGGAGAAGCCGGAGAAGCUGGUAAGUGACACAUAAACCAGUUAUGAACUGAUCAUUAUUUAUCGGCCGGGGGGUGGGGGGAAGAAGUACGAUGAAUUUGGUUGUGAUCCCCCUAAGGCUCUAUAAUAUUGUUAUGGUCCCCCUUUCAUGGGAAGUUGAUUGGCAAUCAAUUUUCUUUGGUACCUCCCUCUUUAUAAUAUAUAGGGGUUGACUGAUUUCCCUUUAACUCCUCCUAAAAGCCAUGUGUUCCCGCCCCCCAAAUCCAAAUCCUCCUUAUCUCGUCCUCCCAGAUGAUAAAUCAUGGAUUUUUCCUGUAAAAGAAACAACCGAAUAGAUAAAACUGCGGAAACCAGAUUCCACAUGGCUGAAUACUUCCAUUCCAUCGUUGUUAGAAGACUUUGAUCCCAAUAAAAUGAGGUAGUUUUAGUUUUGAAGCCAUUAGUAGCUGCAAAUGGCAUAACCGUGGGUAGUGCGCAAAGAAAGGCCGACCCGAGACCCGAGACUGCCUACAUCGAGAAUUUUAUGCGUGGUAAUCUACUUGGUCGCCCAUUUUUCUGAAUUUCUAUUAGGUUGCAGAGACAAAGAAGGAAACAGUUAUGACGUAUGGCAGAGUUGGAACCCAAAUCCUUUGUUCAAAUGUACAUGUACACCCAAUCUAAAAGUCGAGUGCCAAAAAACUGAAAGUGGAUGCUGGGAUUCCCAUGGAAACGCUUUUGUGGAUGGACAUGAGUGGCUUAGCAACAACAUGACUAAGUGUACCUGUAGCAAUGGAAAGAUAACCUGUACCAAGCUCUCUCGGCCAGCCUGCACCGAUGAGAAAGGCAUGGUGCGGGAACAUGGUACCCACUGGUUUUCCGGAGUCUGUUUCAAUUGCUCAUGCGUGGAUGGUUUGAUCAGUUGUGAAAAGUAUCACGUGACUAUCAAGUAUGGGUUAUUCCAAGUUGAGACAGUUGGAAGAUGUAUGCCGUGUCAUCAGCCAAGUGACGAUAUUUUACCAACAGGGGAUGGGACAGUCGCUGCUUGCCAGGGUGGGUGUCAAUAAUAAAUGAGGUGUCGUCGUUUAAUCACUGCAAUGAUGAAAUAUGAUUGUUUGUUAUUUAUCAUGAAGUUACUCUCGAUCUGAAUCACAGGUUUAUAUUGAUUUUGCUUUAUUGCAACCCCCCUCGUAACAUAAAACAAAAUCGCGCCCACCUUAAUCAGUUGAAGGAUGUGGAGCGAAAUCGAAGAGAUGGUAAGAGGCGAACAUGUAAUGGUGAGAAAUCAUCCGUUAUCGAUUUAAAUAUCGAAAAUGACUACUUUCCGGCCAAGUUGAGCCAAGUGUUUUUUCACAUUUACUUCCCCUACCAGUAGAGAGAGCGACUCGUUUUGAUCAACCAACGAAUAACAUUUACACAGUGCAAUUUUCCAUGUUAAAAGCUUCUCUUUCCAGUUUUCUUUCAGCUAAAGGCUUUAAAUGAGGUAUUUGGUUGUUCCAGUGGGGACUUCGUAAGGAAAGAACACGUGUGUAAUGGAGUCGUCGAGUGUCCGGAUGCUUCUGAUGAGGCGCAGUGCCAGAAUGGUGAGUUAAUUAAUUCGGCUUUUUCAAGUAACUGAGUUUUCACUAAUCUAACCACACCCUAUAUCACUCCUCCCUACCUCCCCAUUUCCCCCUUUCCUCUUUCCCUCCUUCCCCAUCGCUCAAACGAAAAAGAGAGGAAUAAAAACCAUCGGAGACAAACUUAAUUAAAAAUAAAUACUGAUGAUUCUGUUCCAUGUUGAUGUUUCAGUUAUUUGUCGCGAUGAGAAAGGGCAGAUUCUAAUUCUAAAAGAUGUUUGGAAGGUAAAUUUUUAUACUUAUGGCAAACCUUGUAAAAAUUCCACCCUUAGAAUAACUAAAGCAUUACACUGAUUUAUCAUUUGGAAAGCUUAGCGUUUAUUUUUUUUGGAAUGUCAGCUCGAAUAACAUUUGAAGAAUUCAUUGUUAACAUCACUCCAGGUGUCCGACUGUCUCAGCUGCGAGUGUAUAGAGGGUCGUCUGAAAUGCAAGAGGACACUUAAAGUCAACUUCCCUGGUAAACAUUUUGCAUACGUACCUUUUACUGAGUCCUGUGAACAACCAGGGUGUAACGCUGCAAAGUUUAUUAAAGCCAGGAGAGAAUCUUGUGAAGGUACACGUAAGGUUAAAGAGUUAAACUUAAUUUAAGCCGAGCUUCCUUAGAGAUCACUUUAACCAAAUUAGCAUACACCAUCAGGAUUCGCUUAAAAGAUCUAUACUUAUCAAAAAAGGCUACUAAAUGUUGACCCGGGCGGAAAUUGAAAUCAACGCAAAAACCAUCCACAACUAUUUGGAAACCUUAGGAACUAGUCAUUAUUCAUCAGCCAGAGAGAAGGGUGAGAGGUUUUGGUUGGGUAACAAUAAAAUUUAAAGGAUUCCCCUCUAAGGCCCGGAAGUACUCCGCGAUAAAAAUUAAUGAGGACUGAUCCAAACAUAUAUUUAUUUCAAAACGUGUGGUAUCAGCCAGGAAAUUCAAAUCGAAAUUAAAAAUUUUAGUAUAAGAAUAUUUAACGAUUAGCAUAUAUUCCUGACCAAGGAGACAUUGGUCAAAAUAAACAGUCUCCGAUCAUAUUUUCAAACAACUGACAUUGCUUUGUUUUGCUUGAUUUUUUUUCAUUACUUUAUUUUUACUCGAGGAAACUGUUUAAAACCGGCCAUUCUCAAUUCUAUUCUCUUAAAAUUAACAACACAGAGCAAUUAAACUUACCGUAUUCUACCACUCUUUAUAAUUUAGAUCAACCCCGUUACCUCUGACAUUGUCAUUUUUUCAUAUCCGUAUAAUAAAUAUUUCUUUACUCAGCAAUUGAAACCGUCGAAGGUGGCCACAUUUUGUCACGAGGAGACAACUGGGACUACCAAGGGUGUCAAUUCCUCUUUGUAGGACACAAGCAGACCACAGGGUGCCCACAAAUGUCUUUAUCAACCUGUUAUAUCUACAAUGGAGCAGUCUGUUGUGCUGAGAAAUGCCCAGGUAAAAUAUCGUAGACGUUGAACUGAUAUGAAUGGCCAAUUGCGAAUGAGAACAACGGUUCCGUUUGGAAAGAAAACGAUGUUAAGCACUUUUCAUAUUGAGAAGGUCAUUAAUGAUAAUAAGGAGUUAUUUACAAGGCAUUUGCUUUGUAAUCACCUCAUUUUUAAACCUAAGCGAACUUAAUGGACCAUAACAAUAACAACAAUAAUAAUAAUAAUAAUAAUAAUAAUAGAACAUUCCACAAGGUGGCUUGUCCUCUCCACUGUUUCCAGGUCGAAUUGGAAUCAGGAAUGUCAGUUUUAGUCGAGGGAGAAAACCCUUGGAGCAAAGACGGGAAUCGAACCCGAGCCACGGUGGUGGGAGGCGAGCGCUCUCACCUCUACACUAUUCCCACUCCCCGCUCUCCCUUCUUUAAUCCAAAUGAAUUAACAACACUUUUAUGAUCUUUUUGGAACGAUUAUCUGCCAGUUUUCGGAAAACGAAAACGAAAAUUAUGACAACAGCCAAUUGGAAUCCAGGUGAACAUCAGCAUUAGCCAAUAAGAAUGCAAAGUAAUAAUUGACAAGAUGCUAUAAGCGUCGUGUGAUUGAUACGAGUGAUUGACUGUUUUGUAUUUGACUUGUACAUGCGGUGUGCGAGUUUUCCAGACCUAUCACAAAGUGUUUAGUGUAUUUAAGCAAAACCAUAGCAAUUAAGAAUUUGCAUUCAGCAUUUAAUUGAAAAAUUGCUCUCAAUUUCACACUGAAGGCGCGUUUUGUAAUUCAUAGCACUUCCACAACUUGCAAGUCAGGUGCGCUGGGGUAUGAAGAUGUGUCCAGGAGGACUUCAGUUGAUAGCCAGUGAUGAUCAGUGUGACAUUAUCGACCCGAGUUGCCUGCCGGGAAACGGCGCCUGUAAAACGGGUAAGUUUGAUUGAUUAGAGCGACUUCUAAGAGGCUUCGAUAUGGCUGGUCCAUCUUAAAAAAAUCUAGUUCUCAUUUUCAAGCUGUUUUAAUCUUCUCCAUUCUCAGCAGAUGUUCUUUAUUUUAGGUUAUUACUACUUUCUUUGUUGCUCGACUACCCUAGCAAGCGGUAGUUAAAUAAAAGUUAUUUUACACAUAAUUUGAGGUUGGUCUUUAUGACGUUUGAGAUCAAUAAAAAUACCGAGACAAAGGUCAUUGACGGAUCGUUGAAUGCAGAUUAAAGAAGGCAAGGUAUAUCGCCGAACAACUGCCGUAGUGACGUCCAAAUUUAUCUUUCACUAGUUUGUAUCGAACUGACUUAGGCUGUAUCGAAACGACUUAAUUUCUACGUGUUUUGAAUCGACUUUGUCGAUGUAUUGAAUCGAUCUCUAUCGAAUCGAAUUUUAUCGAGACAACCGGACCCCUUCUCUUUUAUAACCUAGUCACAUUCCCUUAUCGAGAAUGGACGUGUAACAUAAAGUUUGUGAGCUCUCUUGGAGCAAAUGUCCUAAUUAUUAAACGAAAAAGUUUGUGCAACUUUGCAAUAAAACCAAUGUAUUGACGUCAGCGACAGUUAAGAGAGAAUAAGUUAAUGAGACUAGUUAUCACUUUUAAGUUAUAUUAAUAUUUAGACUUAGGUAUCUGGUCUUCCGAGACCAAUGUACAUUACUUAGUGUGUUGCUUGACGUAUCACUGAAGAACGCAUAGAAGCCGUGUGGGAUCAUGGGAUGUGCACGUGAGCAGAAUUAACAACAUUGAAUUCACUAUUUUUAGAUCCGCCUGGAUCUCCAAGGGAAGUGUGCCAAAAAAUAGCCUUGGGGGAAGUACUGUAAGAUUAAACACCACAUGAAGAGAGAUGGAGGGGAAGGUUCCUUCUCUAAAUUCACUUAUUUCCUGUCAAAGCAGAUUUUUUCAGUCCCUAUCUGCUGACGAUUUGUUUCUCAGAUGCCUUGUGUCAGGACGAGGAUGCAAAUACAUAUAUCAAUGGAAGCACCUGGUCUAUUGGUGACUGCAUCGACUGCUACUGUGACAAUGGCGUUAUCUCGUGUUCUAAAACGCUGUCGGUCAUUACAUCCAAUGAAGAAAACACAGAGCGCUGCAGUCAACCGGAUUGUAACGUAGCGGCGUUUUUGAAAGCAAAUAGAGGAAUCUGUAAAGGCAAGUGAUUCUGACGGCAAAGCCAAAUACCUGCGUAAAAAUGGGGAACGAGGAUUUUUCAAAGAGCUCUCAUCCUGUAAUCACAAGAGCUGCAAUUAUUCUAGCUAAUUUUCUCUCCGAAUUAUCAUGUAUUUUGUACUUAAAAGCUUGUUUACCACCAUAACUCAUAAGAAAAUGACCACACUAAAUUUAAGUUAUCCCUUCCCGUGUAAAUGAUUUUCCUGCUUUAUGUUAGUUUGCAUUUGGAGGAACCAAACCCAUCCGGAAGGCCACCGCUGGAAAGAGAAUGGAGUUGACUUCUUUUGCAGCUCAGAGAUGCAGAGAGUGAGGUCUGGAUGCUACUUGGAAGCUGGUCGCGUGCGAUGUACAGGGGCUUUUAUAGGUUUGUUCCAUGAGCCACUAACUAUCGAGACACCCAUCGUGUCAUAGGGACUUUAAGGACAUACAUUUCUUGCCCAGUAAAACAUGCUCCUUCAAUUUACUUUUGUUUACGUCCCCGCUGAGAUCUGCGGACGUCAAAAAAUAAUUAUUCCGCUAUGCCUCAGACAAAAGACUGUUCCGAAAUUCUUGAGGCUGUUUGUGUUUCUACAUUUUUCAGGAAUACGAAACUUAUCACUCAUAUCUGAUGAAAGACUGUACCUCUGUAAGAGCGGAGAUGAGAUAAGAUCACUUAACGACAGAUGUGAUCAGAAAUCAGACUGCAGCGACGAGUCUGACGAGAGAGAUUGCGUUCAGUGUAAGUAUAAAUAGCAAUGACUGAGACCUGGGAACUAGUCAUCAUUUUCGUCUGGGGAAAGGGGUUCGGAGGAUAAUGUAGGAUCGCGUAGUUUUCUGAGGGAACGGAAGGAGAGAUCAGUUGCCGCUAAUAGAAUAUUGCAAAUAAAAAUGGGGAUUGUAGUAAAAUUGACUGCCAAUGAACUGCUGAUGGGAGGGGAUCAUAAGAAUAUUAAAGAGCCUUCUGGGGGAUCAGGUAAGUUUUAACGUGACGUUACAAAAUCUUCAUACCCCCCUCCCCCCUCCCACCGCAAUUUGAGCCGUAACGCGCAAAAAAGCCUUCUUCAAAAUGAUAAAGACUAAGAAGUACUACUUUUGCGAGACAGAAAGAGAUAAAAAUGAACAAAGAAGCGAAAAGAAACGACGAAGGUUGAGGAUGGAAAGGAAUGACCAUAUAUUGCUAAAAAGGAAAUUGAAAAGCUCUUCCAAGUUGUUUGCUAAAAGCCAUAUGCGCAAAUCAGGUUAUACUUCCUAUACCCCAUGAAAAAGGAAAGGAACUAAUCUGAGCAAAAAUUAAAACGGACCAUGGUCUUGAAGCAUAGAGAACAAGUAAAAAAAAAACCAAAAAAAGGUAUGUGAUGUCAGUAACAAGAAACAGACUGUUAGGUCAUAUAAAGGGAAGAGCGCGGAAGAUCGCCAAACUAGCCUUUGAUCGCAGUAAACUUUCAACUAAUGUCGAGCGCAAACCUUUAUUUUUAGGGACUGGUCAUCAUUGAUCACCCUAGUUGGGGAGAUGGUGGUGUUGGAUAAUUUUUGUUGUGUUACGAUAAAGUUUAAUUGAUACCCCAUAAGUCCCUAGCAUUCUCAUGACCCCCACCUGGAACCCUCCCCCUCCCCCUCCCCCCCCCGAAAUCCUUCGACCCUCCUUUCCAGGCGAAAAAUAAUGACUGGUGUUUGAUCUUCCUCGUAUAAUGGUGCUGAAUAACAUCCUAUUCUGCAAUUUGAAGAUGUUGAUUAUAGAAGGGAAAAAAGGCACUCAUGCCUUUCCAAGAAUAUUUUGUGUGAAAGCUGUUGUAAAAGGAACUUCGAAACAAUUAUUUCAGAUUUCUGUCCAUUUGGCACGAAGUUCAAUAUGUACUGGGAAAGAACUGCGCUGAGUGAGAUUGUUGCAAGGAACUGUUCAGAGGUGGAUCCAGAAUUAGGAGGUAGGAAAAAUUUUUUGAUACUCUUCGUCGAAAAAUUGUUAUUUUGUGAUAGAUACUCAACACAACUUUUAUUCACUUCACGGGUUUAUUUAGAACCAACAUCAUGACCAGCUCCCAGUUGGCUUGUUAGCUCAGUUGGUAGAGCGCUGCACCGGUAUCGCAGAGGUCAUGGGUUCAAAUCCCGUACAGGCGUGAAUUUUUUUCAGGCCUUAUUUUCACUACUGCCUAAGUAGUUCACAUUACUGCGAGGAUCACUUUCAUUCAACAACUUUUAUUCCCAAGAUCUGAUUGUCAAUUCUCCCCUUAAGUUUCCACGCGUUACCUUGUGAAUAAGCUAUAAGAAUUUGGUGUGAGAUGAAGGCAACAUUUACCAUCUGUUAAGUUUGAGUAUUUUCAUUAGCUGUUCUCUGGGUAGUGUACGCAUAUUACAGUUAGAAGUUACAUCUUAAGUUACAUCUUAAUCACUUCUGGGAUUACAAGGGUUAUAAGGAAACAAUAUAACUCCUAGAAGUCAAAAGUAGUGCCCAGUUGUACGUAGAAAACAGUUUCCUGCUUUGGUGCACUUCACAUGGCAUUUUUUUUCUCCGAUAAAGGAGUAUGAUCACUUGGGUGAGGAGAGCACGUCCUGAAAAGUCAGUAACAUUGACCGAAGCUUCAACGAAUUUAUCGUAAAAAGGAAGUGAAUUUACUUUGACUAUCAUUUCAUUUAUCGAAAUCUCAGUCAUGCGCCUCGGCCAGUGACAGUAAAUGUCUUUCCUCACCAGGUUCAGGCUGUGUUCAGUGCUUGUGGUAACUUUUCUACUAUAUCCUUUCAUUUUGUAAACCCGAUACAAAAUUGAAUUAGAUCUAGGGAGCUUGCUGUAAGCCUCAUGCAUUCGUGCAGACUUACAGCAUUUGCUGUUGGUGGUACUUGUCAUUUAAUAAGACUUUGAAUCACCACCAUUAGAGUGUUAAGAUAUGAUUAAUAUUGUUUGUGCCUCAGCAACGUGCUUUUCAUUUGUUUAUUUUUAUUGGACCACAGGAAAUUUCACGAACCGUUGUUCUUCACGAAAUGGUCAUAUGACAGCGUGGAGUUUCAAAGAAAGCUGUUUUUGCGGAAAAAAAUCUCUUCGUCAAGAAUUCAGGCAUGAAGUAUGUAGUAGCUUGAUUCCGAUGUAUUCUAAUCCUUAUAUAGGUUAAUAGGUUGUAUUCUAAUCCGCGGCUGUUUGAAACGCGAUACAUGACUCAAUUGGAAUAGCAAUUAAUAAAAAUCAUGUUUGUCUUAAAGUUCAUCGGGUAAACAACUGAUUUUAAUGGAACUAAUAUAAGGCUUCUUUCCAUUCACUUUCAGCUAUCCAUAAUGAAUCUAACAAACAUUUUGGAACUAACAAGAGCAUUUGUGAACAAAGCCACUAACUUUACAAACAAAGAACUAUUCUUUAAUUAUCUGAGUCUUUGGUUUAAAAGUGGAGCUCUCCUACUAAAUCCAGUCAACCAUUCCAACGAUAUGGUGACGCUCAAUUUCUCACAGGUACGAGUUUCAGCCUUAAUCAUUACCAUUACAAUUUGCUCAAAUGUGAUUGGUGCAUCAGCUGUUUUAAAUUUCACUAAUCGCUCUGUACAGUUGUAAUCGGACAGUUGGCUGUAAUCGGACAUUUGAAGCAGCCAAUCAUGCUAAGUCCACUCAGCUAAAUCCACCAAUCACAGAAUUGAUCGCAAUAACUAUAGUAACAACCACUUACCCUGAAAAGAAAACUGGGUAAUUUCCAAUUUUUUUCCUUUAGACAUCGUCCCUACUGGAAAUGUUUGUCCUAAAUGAAUUUUUUUUUCCGAAAUUGUAAUGGUUAUGAUUAAUUAAUUGGUAACUGGACUUUGUGUCGUCCAAUUCUGUUUGCAAUCAUACUCGUGAUUGACAAAUCGGACUCCCGCCUCGUCCGAUUUUGUUAAUCACUCGUACGACUACAGACCGAAUUGGACUCGCCCACGAGAAUGGUUUCGGUCCGAUUAUUACGGAUUAUUUAUUACUAAAUGACAGAUUAUGCAUUCUUUGUCAGUUUGACAAAACGUCUCUGCAGUAUUUUGCGCGAAUUACCUUAACAACAUACGUUUCAACAGUGACUUGUUCGUUUCAAAAUUUCCUACUAUUUUAACGAAGAACACAGGAUUUUUUUUUUAUUAAAUCAAAUGAAGGUCUUCCUUAGAGGCUUGAUUUAUCUACACAAGUUAUCAAAGAAUUAAAUAAACCUCUAAUGGACCAGUCGCGUUUAAUCACCUUGGGGCGAGGGGACGGAAGAAUUUGGGAAUGUAAUUCUUUUCAGGGGGAACGGGGAGGGUGAGAAAUUAGUCGUCGCUAACAGAGUAUGUUAGGGAGGACCAUAAAAGAUUGACUGCCAGUGUGAGAGGGGGUGGGGUCAUUAGCAAUACUACAGAGCCUGGGAAUCAUAUUGUGACAUAAAAUCCUGUCCCACCCCGACGAUAAAUAAUGACCGUUCCCUUACUGGAUUUCAAAAUGCAGAUCCAGAGGGUAGCCUUUUUCAGUGAUUGUCCAGGGGUUCAUUUUCUAAUUGACCUCUUAUAGGAUUGCGAAUUAUGAGCCUUUCAUAUAUAUAUUUUCUAUCCCUUAAGGCCAUAUUCCAAACAACUCAAACCGAAAACGUUUUCAAGCCUCACUCAGACUCCUUUUGUCCUAAAGAAGUGGUAAGCAUGCAUGAAACAUACUGUAGAAUAAGAAAACGCAAAGCUAAAACAUGCAUGCAAAUAAACAAGUAACAUAAUAAACAACAUUUGAUAAGACUUCUGUCAUCCAAAGGCCUUGUUCAUAAUUAUUGUAACAAAAUUAACCAACUUUUAUCAUAUCUAUAAGUCAGUGCAUGCGCUAUGAUUGGGUGAUUUAACGGGUCGUGUUUCACUGUACAACCCUUUUAAUUCAAAAGUUUGUUUAAAUUGAAAUCUUGCACCUCUACUUGAAUUCAGAGAUAAUAUAGAAAUCUUGGCUAACCUCGUUUUCUCGGUCCGCACUGCAAGCUACGAAACCCCGUUUUUCUUCUCGGAUUAAUAAACAGGAGCGGAAAAAAAACUCUGUCUGUAACUUAUACUACCGACCUCGAACUCGGUUAGGAUGAUGAGGUAAGUGUGGCACACACCUUUAAAGGUGCUACGCUACAUCACCGUUUUUUUAAAGGGUUUUUUACCGACGUAGACGAGCACCAAAGCUAGAUGGCUUCAACCAAUUCGAAUUAAUCGCCAAAGACGAAAAUUCACAUGGUGACAAAUGUGAUAAUGAUAAUGAAGAUGAUCAGAUCAAUUUCAUUUGUUCCGGAUUAUGAGAAUAAAUGCAGGACAAAUGGGAGUGGGAAUGAAUAAUGAAAUGGGAAUAAGGAAAUAGGAAUUUAGCAAGGACAUUCCACUGGAUGGCUCUUCUCUACUGUUUUGAAAUGUUGUUUUUUUGAAGCCAGGAAAACUGGAGGAAAACCCUCGGAGCAAGGACGAGAACCGACCUUGAUUAACUCAACCCACAUGUGAAGCCAGAAUCGAACCCAUAUAUGGGUGGGCGGGGAGCGCUCUCAUCACUGCACCAUCCCUGCUUCUUCAAACUGGAGUGGAAAAAUUUCUAUCUAUGCAAAAAAUUGUACGGAAACUUUGCCAUGAACGUGAGUUUCUAUGGAUGGCGAACUUGUUUAAGUCACUAAAUUGUUACUGUCUUUGUUGUUUUCGCAGACGUACUCGCAGCGCUGGUCAUUAAUACAAGAUAUCAAGGAAUUUAUUUGCGGGGCCUCAAAUCUGACGCAUACCUUUCGGUUUUGUUUCACUCUAAGAUCGUUGAAAUAGUAAGUAAAGCAAAUAAAUUCUAGUUUAAACUAGACUGAAAAUACGUAUAGCAAUGAUCCUGGCAGGUGUACGGCAAUUAAAAUCCCAAAGAUUUACUUGCAGGUCUUCCUUUCUUUUUCUUUUCAUCAAAUAGAAGAUCUGCGGUGCUCAAAUUGUAUAAGUCAUGGUACGAAACACUUUUCUUUGCAGAUAGAGCCGUGAUCGCCGCCAUAUUGAAUUCUCUUGAUAUUCUAUUGUUCCGGAGUGUAAUACGAUAUAUCGCUGAUAAUUGUUAGCGGGCUCGAAAUGUCCUUGAUUUCUGGCGAUGAAUUAUAAAGAAUGGACUCAUUCCUUAUUCAUUCCAUGUUUUCAUGGCAUCUGUUCUCGCAUACUUCUGUAUAUCCUAUAGUGUAACUAUAUCCUAUAGUCCGCUAUCCAUUGGAGAAAGCAACAUGGGCCCAGGUCCUCCUGGUGUAACUAUCUUUUGGAUGCGACCGGUUUUUAAUCUGAGGAUUGAUCCAAACCAGCUGUCCUCAGGAAGUGAUACUGUCAGCUCCCUUUCACUUCCUCCGAGAAACAUCACUGGCGAGGCAAGUAAUACACCAAAGAAAAGAGGCCCCCGCGAAUUCUAACGUGCAAGGGAAACUGAUAGUGUCUGAAAAAAUCCUUUUGAGGGAAAUGACCUCAAGGUCACAUUUCAGUUGGGAUCUUUUUGUUUAUUUUCUCAAUCCCAGGGGUAUCGACCACAAAGAAAGUUUUCACUUCAACAUGCCCCUAUUUUUAAUAAUAAUAAUAUAUGUAUUGAUAGGAACCAUGGGAUAUCAUUUGAUCAGUUUCAUACUCAACUCUAAAGCUUAUAAAACCCACUCUAAUUUUCUUUAAAAUGACCUUUUUUACGAGAGCAUAUCCAUCUUAUAAAGCGAAAUUUAAGGUGGAAAGCUUUGAUUCAAAGAACACCUCCUGUUUUUUCUCUCACUAGAUGAAUUUCAGUCGCGUCCUUGUUCCUCUUCGACGUUUCAACUGUACUUGGAUUGAAUAUGAUGUAAGUCAAAUAACUUGAAUUAUAAAUAGUAAAGAGUCAGAUGGUUGGUGCUGAGGGGGGAGGGGUAGUAUACGACUUUCAUUCUUUUCUGCAGCAAAUUAGUGGCCAGUUGUCAAUGUUACAGAAACUUUCCUUGGUUAAAUCAGUCAAAUUUCUUUUUCAGGUAAAUGGAACGUUAAAAAUCACAGCCAGGGAAGUUAGAGAUGGGGAAAAAGAGAGGAAAGCUGUGGCUAAAACUCACCUGGAUCUCGUUCUCAGCAGCAUUUCUACAGUGGUUGUUAUAAUUUGCUUAAUACUGCUUUCCUGCCUAAGGUGCUCAGUCAAUUUGAUACUCAGAAGUGUGACUAAUAUGCCCAUCAAUUCGAAGUUUCAGCAUCCCCCUGGCACCUUACUGGCUUUUUAAUGUCGUCCGUGGCCGGGGGAGGGGAAUUUGAACCUUGCUUGGGAUGGGGUGGGGCAUUUGAACGGCAAGUGCCAAGUCUUAUUAACGUAAUACACGUCUUUCAAAGGAGGAUUUUCAAGGUAAAGAGCCUGCUUUCGUGAGCUUUUUCGAGCACAAGUUUGGCUCGGGGGGGGGGAGGGGGAUUUGAAGACGCUAAUCUUCAAAAGUUCAAAUGCCCGGAGGGGAUAUUGAAGCUUCGAAUUGAUCGAUGCAUAACACAGUAGUCGGACUGCCUGACUAACGACUUACUGGUGCACUGCCUUACUGGCGGACUGACUGUCCGGACUGACGAUUGACGGGCUGAAUGACUCAGCCAUCAACUAUCUGACUAACUAAUUGACUGACCGGCUGGCUGGCCGUCUGACUGAUUGACCAACUGUCGGACCGACCGACCGACCGACCGACUGACUGACUGACCAACUGACUGACUGACUGAUGGACUGACUGCCGUCUGACUGGCGGAAUGGCUGACUGACUAACUUACCGACUGAAGGACUAACUUGGUCGCUUACUGCCGUACGUACAAACGUGGACUGACUUCCGACUGAUAUACCAGUAGUUUUUAUGUAUAUAUAUAACCAGCUGAACUUUACUCUGCAACUGAAUUACUAACACAAACAUGAAUUGAAGAUGAAGUACCGACUAUAAAGCUAACGGAGUGACCUCUUUUCUAACACAGGAUAAGAAACUCCGAGAGAAUAUUUGUUCAUAAAAACCUUUUAAUAUCCAUAUGCCUGGUUUACAAACUGAUGAUCUUGGACUCGUAUAUUUUUACAAACAGGAAGCAGACACCGGUGAGUUUAACUGAUCCUGAUUCUUAUUAGUUCUGAUAACACUUAAAAAAAAUCCCGGUAUAAGAAAUGUACGUAAUGGCACGAGCAGGGUCGGGAAAAGUCGCACAGCCCAGCGUAUGUCCCCGCGAGAUGUGAGGAUGAAAAUAUGUAAGAAGAAAGGAAGAACGAGAAAGACGGCAGUCUUACGCUUAAACGUGUAUCGACUGGCAAGGUCAGGUCAGACGGGAAAAUAUUUGGCUCUGCGGGUCAUGCCGUGUGGACCAAGCGCAGCGAAGUCCGUAAGUUGUCACCAUGAGCCAAAUAUUUCCCGUCCGGCCUUCUCGCUCAGACAAUAAGAACACACUGUUUCCUUAAUAGCUUGUAGCAAAUCUUGCAGGAGCCCAUACUCCUUGAUUUAUUUGAAUUUUUUUCAGCUUGAAAAACCAGAGUAACAUGGCUGUUUGAUUUUAAGUACCUAUACAUUCCUUUCUUUUUUUUUUCUUUAUGAUAUUGUAGAAAUUAUGUUCAGCUAUGGCUGUCCUCCAACAUAUAACACACACCGCUAUUUUCACGUGGAUGUUGGUUGAAGGAAUUCAUCUUUACAUCAAGCUGGUGAAAGUUUUUUCAGUCCACAAGCUCUACAUCACAUACAUUGUCAUCGGGUGGGGUAAGGCUCUGUUUACAGCUUUUAUCAUCUCUCUCAUUCAGUACAUGCACUAUGAUUGUUCAGCCCAACGGAACCUAGCGGUCCAUCAAUCAUUGUACCGCCCUCUAAACUCAAAAUGUUGUUUGAGUUUAAAUCUUCCCCCUCUUUUUAAUCCCAGAGUUUUAGUAACUAUCUUACUAACCUCGUUUUCUCGGUCUUUACCGUAAGUGAUAGAAGCUGUUUCAUUUUGUUUUCGCUCCAAUCUAUAGCCCGUUUUUUUAGCGCUUGGGCCAAAAGUCCGAGUGGAAAGAACUCGGUUCAUAACUUGCAGUAAAGACCGUGAGAACGAGGCUACUAAGAGGAAUAUAACUUAGAUGCUAUACCUCAGUCUUACCUUAUAUAAUGUAGUGUGUUGUGUUAUCAUGGUUUUUCUCUUUUUAUGGUGUUUGACGCGACAUUAAGUGCGGUGUGUCCACAUAUAGUAGUUCUGCAACAUUACUGCCGUUUGACAUGUGGAUCAUAACCGGAAGGAAUCUUUUGUUUAAAAUCAGAUUAACCCAUAACCGGGGGUACUUUAAUCUGGGAUUUCACAGUAUACUAACCUCCUUUGACCACAGGUCUACCAGUUGUUAUUGUGGGUCUAAUAGCAGCCAUCAGACCUGUGACAUAUGAUAUGAGCAAGACAUACUACAAGGACGUCAUGUGUAGAUCACUGACACUUUCAGCGGAGAUUAUACGUGACAGGUUGGUAUAACUCUACAACUUCCUCGAUUAGGACCAUUAACUCUUUCUUUUAACUGCUACGCCUUUUCUUUUAAGAGGCCCAUGUGCUUGAUUUAUAAUGUUUUGAAUGUCUGUUUCUUUAAUUUUUUCGGAUCGUAAAGGUUUGGUUCACAAACUUUUCUAUAUCAAUUUUUCUAUUACUGUUUUUUCCUUUUUUUGCAACAAAACGGAACGUUCUUAGUAAAUAAGUUAAAUGCAUUGAUCUGCUUUCCUUUUUCCUUACUUAGUCAUAUUGGAAUAUUGUAAUCUUUUCAAGGUGCUGGCUUAAUGACGGUGAAUGGCUGUAUAAAGGACCAAUCUUGGCAAUUCUCGUGGUAAGCUCAAAUUUCUUUCCCAAAUCAACUUUGAAGUCAUUGCUUGAAUGUCUUUUAAAAAGUUCAGCUUUUUUCUUCGACAAUUGAUUAUUUAUCACCGGGUGGGACAGGGGUGGAGAAUUUUAGGAGAUCUCAUAACUUUCGGGGGUAACGGAAAGGACUAAGUCGUCGCUAACAGAAGAGGAAUCAUGAGAAUAUUACAGAGCCAGGGGGUCAGGUAAAUUUAUCAUAACACAAACAAAAUCCUCCGGACCUCCCCCCCCCCCUUCCUUACCCCACCCCGGGCGAUAAAUAAUGACCAUGAAGACCUUUAUGUCUGUUUCUUUUCAGUUCUCGUUUAGCUCUUUUGAUACUUUCCUAUGUUCUGCUGCGCCGUUUCGACUUAAGUGGCUGGGUUUUGUUUUUAAGACUUUCAAUCCAAAAGUAUUCUAACAUCGAGCUUUUUCUGUUCUUCAAACGACCAAUCAGAAUUUUUUUUCAAAGUCAAACAUUUUUCAAUUUUUCAUUUCCAGGUCAAUGUUGUGAUUUUUGUAAUUCUGCUGAGAGUGAUCUUCACCAAGAUAUCGAAAAAAUAUCAGACUGAUAAUGUAGAGAAGACCAGGUAAGUUUCUUCUUUUGUUUUCUCGUUCCUGUUUCCUUUUUUUUUCAAUUUGCUAACGAUCGAGUAAAAAAGUCAGAUUUGUAUUGUAUAUUUAAUUUUUUUAAUUAGCAAUGCCUUUUAACCAGAUGCAUUUAACCAAGGUAUUCGCGAAGGACCUAUAGAAAGUGGCAAAUAUGUUUUUUCCCAAGUGCGCAUAGAGUAGGAAAUGGUGUUUAGAAGUAUUUGGGAUUAACAAAUGAACAAGUGUGUUCCUAUAACGCCUGAUUGGUAAAUGUGCUGGACUGUGGAUCUGGAGGUCUGGUUUCGAAACCUGACCGUGUAAUUUUUUUUUUGCUCCUGGGACAGACACUGAAGUCUUGCGGAGCCUCUCUCCUUUCAUGACCUUCAGAAAAAGUUGACAAAUUGCAGGGGGGGCUAACCUGCAAUGGACUGUCCAGUUGAAAAAGCAAUGCUCUCCUACAUUCCGUUUCCAGAGAAACUGGGAUAAACUUCAGCAGUGGUUCCCUGAUUCUUUGAGGGUUUGGCAGUCAAUAUUUCCCCCCCCCCUUUACACUCUAUUGGCGACAACUGAUCUUACUUCCGUUCCCGCUGAAAACCAUGUGAUACCCCCCAAAAAUUCUCCGACCCCCUUCCCCUAGUGAUCGUUCCCCUAAGGUUUCCUUUCAUCUUACAGAAAAGGAUUGAGGAGCAUCGCAGCUCUACUGCCCCUGUUGGGUGUCACGUGGCUGCUGGGGUUUUUCAUCCACUGGAGUGAAGUCCUUGCGUAUUUGUUCAUCAUACUCAACUCAACCCAGGUACGCACGGUUCUAUGUGCUCCACAGUUGCUGAUAUUGAUCAAACUUGCCUCAUUCGUGUUCCUUUUAAUUCUUAUAGGGUUUGGUGUUUUGUAUCUUCCAUGGCUUCUUGGAUGACCAGGUAUUUUCCAACUUUGCUUGUGCAGCUUUGGUGUAAGUUUGAUGCAGAAUAUCGUAUUCUAUUGUAUUCCUUGUGGCGACCCUCUGAAUUGAUGGCUUAUGCGAUAAAACCACGGCACUCAGAACUUUAAAUAGAAUUUUCUAUACUUGUUUGUUGCAGCGUUUAUUGCAGUGUCUCUUUAUUUGUUACAAUAGGUGAGAGAGAGUUUGCUCAGAUCCAUUAGAAGGACACGAUUAGGAAUGAUGACCCAAAUUGGGAGAUCAUCUAUUGUAUCAACAACUACUCAGUUGUCACCUGCAGGUAAUAGUUCUUAUUAGCUCAUUCUUGCUUUACGCUGUCUUGUACCGUGCAGAAGCGUUUGUUGCCAUAUACGUUUAGGUCGUAGAAUGUGCGUCCUCACGAGACAGAUAUAUCUAGCAGUGAAGUGUUGAAAUAAGUUUUCCAUGGGCGGGAUUUUUCACUGAACCUAUCUUUCCUUCUCUCUUUUCUUUUCACUUUUUUCCCCCUUUCUCUAUCCUUUCUUAUUCUUUUCCCUUUUCCUCUUUCCCUCUCUCUGGCUAUCUCUGGCUGUCUUUUUAAUCUCAUCCGGAUCCACCUUAUUCCAGACUAUUUUUACUCUAGGGACCGGUCAUUAUUUAUCGUCGGGGGGAAGGCGCUGGAGAAUUUUGUUUGUGUCACGAUAAAAGUUACCUGAUCCUCCAUAAGUCUCUGUUAUAUUCUCAAGAGACCCACCCACCCCACCCCACCCCCGUCCUUAUUAGCAAUUAAUUGGUAGUCAAUUUUCUAUAGCCUUCUUUAUACUCUGUUGGUGACGACCGUACCCCUGAAAACCAUAUGUUCCCUCCAAAACCCCCCCACACCUUAUACCUGCCACGUAUUUUAAUUAUUUACAGACUUGUGAUCUUUCCUCUUUUCCGAUUACUAAAUUGAAAAGAAUUUCCAUUAACGAGUGUUCCCUCUUCAAAUGUAUGUGGAACUUGGGAUUGGGUGCCGGUGGAGAAAUUACGAAUAUCAGAUCUUUCAGCAAUCUUUUUAUCAGUUCUUCUUUUCUAUGUUCAACUUUCAGAUUCGAUAAAUGACCGAGCGAACACGGGGCGACGCCCAGGGAUUGCUGGAAUGAGGCAUUUAGAUACUAAGCUUUAAUGGUGUCUCUUGAUAAAAAAAAAAAAAAAGCUCCUACUAGCUUCGUAAUAGCUAAUUCAGUUUUUUAACCUAUUUGCAAGCCUUGAUAUGAAGCUACUGGCUGCAUCGAACAAAGACAAGUUUUUUUUCCGUAGUAGUGCUGUUUAAGGAGCUCAGUUUUGUAGAAAGAACGCACCUCAGGUAAGCACACUAUAAAUUUAGUCAGUGAUAAUUAAAGAAUGUUUAAAAAAGGCAAAGUGGGACAUGAGCUAUUUCAUAAGGAAAUAAAAAACUUAUUAAUAAAAGCUUAAUGAUGUAGGAAAAUGAACAAGAAUUAUUGUAAUUAUUAGAAUCUUUUAGCUACUAACAGAGUCCAUCCACUGUACAUAUAGUGUUAAAUACUCCGUCCAACUGCUUUCAUUAAAGAUAAAGUUUUGCCUCC